CGUCACCUAACGCUGAAUAUUUUUCGUCUAGUUGUGCCACCAGGCCGGUAAAAGGAGCCACGCAGGCUCCUCCUCCUGCUGGAGGAGGUGCUGCAUCUGAGCCGCGGCAGAAGACGGCAUCCUGUUCCAAGCUGCUGAAACCCCACUCCGUGACCUCACCAUCCUCCGCGACAAAUAAAAUGACUGGCGCCUCCUCUGCUACGAGAAACAGUGUCUACAGGGUCGGCGACCGGAUUCUGCUGAAUGAUAACGGAAAUCUUUUUACAUCAGGCAGCAUGUGUUCUUCUGGGGUAGCUGCGACGAGGACCGCGAAACUUGCCAUGUCUCCAGACGAUCGCCGCGGAACAAAAAUGCUGAAGACCACAGGAGGACAAAAUGCGGCAAAUUCCUCCCAGUCCCAGCAGUCUCCGAAGCAAGAGGGCAUAGUCCGGUACCGUGGGCUGACCUCCUUCGCGCCAGGAAUCUGGCUCGGGAUCGAGCUGUUGAAUAGCUGUGCUGAGGGGAAAAGAACAAGCAAGACGUCGUCUUCGUCGUCGUUGAAGACACCCCAGCAGCUGGGCUCCUCCAACAGGCAAACCACACUGGGGAAACACGAUGGGUGCGUGAACAGCAUCCGGUACUUUCAGUGUCCACCGAACUGUGGACUCUUCGUGCGGGAGAGCAAAAUCCUGCUGAACAGCUCGUCUUCGAGCUCUCUGCUACAUUCGAACAACACAAAUAGCUCCUCGAUGGACAGCACCGCCGGGAGCGUGAACAGCUCCGUCGGGAGUUCUUGCGUGGAAGGCAUUCCUGGAGCUCCUUCGUCUAGUACGGAAAAGCGGUCCACGGCGAUGAAGCAGCGAACAAACGAGAAGGACUUGCAUUUGAAAGCAGGUUCGAAAGGUAGAACCAGUAAGCGGGCAGAUGAUUAUGCGACUACAUCGACGUCCUUUUCAUCAAAGAUGAAGCGCUCAAAUGUAGCACAAACUGCCAAGCCUGAAAAUGGCCCCGGCACAACAACUCUUGUCGGAACAGGUCGUGGACGAGAAGAUGACCCCCAGGCUACACCAGCCGGGUUUCAUGGGAAACAGGAUGAGCAGCAGUACCAGGCACUAGCUCGGACGAACCGAGGCUCGGGCAACAGAGGUAAAAACACGUCGACGACGCUGCGGACCUUCCUGACGGUCCCUACAGUGGCGCCGAGUAGCAGCACGAAGCAGCUGCUGACCGUAUCCUGAGUAAAAACGUACCCACCCCAGAGUUGUCAUGCAGAUUUGCCAUGACAGGAACAUUUGUGAUGCGCAACCCCAUGACAGGCGUUUUCAAUCGUGUUUGGGAACUUGUAAUGCUGUAAACAGGAUCAGAAGGUCGAUUUGUGAUGCGGCUUUCCUUGCUAACUUGCACUACCUUACGGACUGAAACUUGUCAUGCGUGACUCACAAAGCUUCGAGGUUUGUGUUGCAUAAUCCCCAUCCUGACUCGGGUGUGGGUACGUUUUUACUCAGGAUAGACCGCCCGCAAUCCCAAUCCAGGUCCGCCGCGCCUGCGUUAUCAAAUGUAAAAAUGUCUGGGUCUGGAAGAUUCUGAGAUUUGUCAUGCAUAUUUCAGAUCACGCAAAUGGCGUCUGAUGCAGGCAAAAGCAUCACAGGUUUUGAGCACGCCUCAUGAUGCCUGUCCCGCAUGAGAAAUCUCCUACUUGCGUGCCAAGAAAUGGACAGCUUUUGGCGCUCAUGCAACACAAAUUUUUGUGUGUUCCAGAGUUUGCGUCACAAGUUCCAACCCUUCCAGACCCAGACAUUUUUACGUUUGAUAUGCGUGUUGUUUCUACGACGGGGGGUGGGGGUGCGUCAGCGUCUCCCGACGGUGGACCCCCGGGGAGGGGUUCGAUUUCGACACGACCACCGCCUGCUGGGUCAUCAACUACCGGUUGCACUCCGUCGACCCAGCACAUGAUCGGAGCCGAAGGUGGCGCUAGAAGUAACCCAACACCGCUGGUGCGGCCAAAUUCCACCCGCCUGCGCAGUGGGCGGAAGGACGAGUACAACACCAGGGAGAAUUUGCUUGCUGAAGGACCUAGUACGAUGAAUUUUGAUAAGAGUUCUUCUACUUCACACCGUAAGUUUUUAGUAUCGCGCAAUACAAGUAGCAAGAUGCUUUUGAGCAAGAAAGUCUCGAAGAACUCCCCGGACUUCGUGCUUUUCGAGAACAUCGUACUCGAGGACGCCCCGGCGAGCGCGUCAUCUUGCAGUACCGUCGUGAAUGAGAGGAGCUGUGCCGCGGGACCGGGAGGAGGAGAACGAAGAGAAGGGCCACAAGAGGGUUUGUUAUCAACAUCAGCUUGGAAAACGGCUGCUGACCAUCGCGAACGAACAGACGAGAUGGCAACUCAUGUUGUUCCGGGUGAAGAGGCUGGUAAUGGCAGCGGUGCGAUUAACUCGGUUUUCACGACGGAAAAGCGGCCGGACAAGGGUGAAAACCCAAGUGAGCCAACUUCCGCGCCCUCUUCGUACCUGCUUUGUAACUACUACAGCUACGAAACUCCGCAGAAAUUUCAGCGCGAGCCGGAGAAAUGUAACUUGAAUGCGGGUGAGAUGACUCGGGGGCUGGACGAGGUCGAGGACCGGCAACGUGAACCUGGAAAAAAUCCUAGUACACAUCACGAGAAGACCUCGUUGUACAGGGAUG